GCGACCUCCGACCCCGCGGGCGCGAGGCGGGGCGGGGCUGGGAGGCCUUAGCUGCGGGCGGGCGGCGGCGGCUGCUGCAGCGGGACCCGGGAGCGGGGCCCGGCGCCGCCUGGGCCGCGGGGCGAUGUGAGCCCCAGGUGUGACCCCCAGGGAUCCAGGUGACAUCUCUGCAGACACUCUGCCAUGACACCCCACCAAGGACAAGGGGAAUAAAGGAGGAACCAUUUCCCAUGCCCCUCCCAUGGUCAGCUCCCCGAUGGCCUGGGUGAGGGCCGAUAGGCUGCUCUGACACCAUGGGGAGCUGCUGGAGCUGCCUGCACAGAGACAGCGUGCCGCACAACCACCCUACCAAGUUCAAGGUGACCAAUGUGGAUGACGAAGGGGUGGAGUUGGGCUCGGGGGUGAUGGAGCUAACCCAGAGUGAGCUGGUACUCCACCUGCACCAGCGGGAAGCUGUCCGCUGGCCCUACCUCUGCCUGCGGCGCUAUGGCUACGACUCCAAUCUCUUCUCCUUUGAGAGUGGCCGCCGCUGUCAGACAGGCCAGGGCAUCUUUGCAUUCAAGUGUUCGAGGGCAGAGGAUAUCUUCAACCUGCUGCAGGACCUCAUGCAGUGUAACAGCAUCAACGUGAUGGAGGAGCCGGUCAUCAUCACACGGAGCAGCCACCCACCAGAGCUGGACCUGCCUCGAGGGCCCCCACAGCCCGCCGGCUACACGGUCUCUGGCUUCUCCAAUGGCUUCCCUGGCUGCCCUGGAGAGGGCCCACGGUUCUCCUCCGCACCUCGACGACCCUCCACAAGUAGUCUGCGACACCCCUCGCCUGGGGAAGAGUCUACCCACACCCUCAUUGCCUCCGAGGAGCAGUCUCACACCUAUGUCAACACACCAACUGGGGACGAGGAUGGCAGAAGUCGCCACUGCUUGCAGCCACUGCCUGAGGGCAGGGCACCCCUCCCAGCACAGACACAGGGUUCCGACCAGCGAGACCCACAGGUGUUGCUGCAGCCAGGGCAGGUCAAGUUCGUGCUGGGCCCCACCCCUGCUCGGCGACAGGUGAUGAAGUGCCAGAGCCUCUGCCCGGGCAUGCAGGACCCUUCCCAUCACAACAACAACAACGAGGGCCCUUCCGAGUGUCCAGCCCAGCCCAAAUGCACCUACGAGAACGUCAGCGGGGGCCUGCAGCAAGGGGCUGGCUGGAGACUGAGCCCUGAGGAGCGAGGGUGGAGUGGCCUGGCCCACCGUCGGGCGGCCCUGCUGCACUAUGAGAACCUACCCCCACUCCCCCCUGUGUGGGAGAGCCAAGGUCAACAGCUGGGAGGGGAGGCUGGGGAUGAUGGGGACUCCAGGGACGGGCUUACCCCGUCCUCAAAUGGCUUCCCUGAUGGCGAGGAGGAUGAAACCCCGUUACAGAAACCCACCAGCACGCGGGCCUCCGCCCGUAGCCACAGCGGCUUCCCUGUCCCACUGACCCGCCGACGUGGCUCCCCGCGGGUCUUCAACUUUGAUUUCCGCCGGCAGGGCCCUGAGCCCCCAAGGCAGCUCAACUACAUCCAGGUGGAGCUCAAGGGCUGGGGUACAGCCCGUCCCAAGGGGCCCCAGAACCCCUCAGUGUCUGGAGCUCCUGGGCCCACCCCACACCCCGCUCGCAGCUCAGACUCGUAUGCCGUGAUUGACCUCAAGAAAACGGCGGCCAUGUCCGACCUGCAGAGGGCUCUGCCCCGAGAUGACGGCGCGGUCAGGAAGACUCGGCACAACAGCACCGACCUGCCUCUGUAGACCUGGGCCUCCGCCUGCCUCUGCCUACAGCAGGGGACUCCACCUCACCCACCAGCCCAGGACUCUCAGCUGCUUUGCAGAGACACUUCCCUGCAUCGCCGGAGUCCCCAAAGAUAUCAGCCACUGAGUGUCCAGUUCCCCAAGCUGGGGAGAGGAGAGGGGGAGCCGGAGAGGAGGGAGCCAUGGUGGAAACUGUGAAGGGUUCUCAAGGUUGCAUUUCGCACCCUUCCCCUAAUGUCCGUUUGUCUGUCUGUCCGUCCGCUGUCCAUGUGUUUGUGCUUUCAGUUUUUUUUCCCUUUCCUUUUUUUGUUGGAGUUUUGAGAUAUUUUGUACCUGUUGAUUUUAUUUAUCAGUUUAUUUUUCUAUUUAUUGUUUUAAGUGUAACUUAACAUAUUUAUUAUUAAUAUAAUUAUUUUUAAAUUCUGG